AGGAGGCGCCAAGCUGGACACAUCUAAAUAUGUAGUAAAUUUAAUGCAGUGCGAUAACAUACACAUGUGUGCGAUGAAAAGUGUUUUUGCUCAUCGAAACUUUAUGUUUUUGUUUUUUUUUGAGAUCUUAUAAGAAUUUAACAACGUUGAUAUUUCCCUUCCCCCCGCUUGCUCCUCAGAAUGGUAUAGUCCGAUGAACCUGCUCAGGAAGAGGCUGCGGGUCAGGAGGACGACGUUUGUUGCUUAUUUUCGGCUAUUUUCCACAUUUUUCGCGCUAAUGUGUGCGGCAAUUUGGUAGCUUGCUCUUAGCUUUAUCUUUUUCCGCCUCCUCGCCAAGGGUGGUCAUUACUGAAGAUUUUAUUUAUCUAUCUGUGAUGCUGAAAAUGACGGCUGGGCGUGUUUACGUCCGCUAACCAAAUCGGACGUUUGUGGGUGAUCGCAGCAGCUUCACAGAGGUCACUUCUCCAUCAUCACGCUCCGCUUCAUCCGGUUCGGUUGCCAGUCAGCUCAGCGGCCGCUCGAUGCCUAACACCUCAGAGGGUCAGGGAACAAACCUGUCUGGGUCUGCGGAGCCAUCAGGGCUGCAGCGGACCACAGACAGGGAGGAGGAGCACAGCCUGAUUCGGUCCCUGGCUCGGGAUGCCGCGAGAGUGAGGCGGGCUUCGAGUGCUGAGCUCCACCUGCCGUGGACCUGCCCGGUCACACACUCCCGUGAGAAGUUCUACACAGUCUGCUCUGAUUAUGCCCUCUUAAACCAGGCUGCCUCCGUGUACUGCCCCCCAAACGCAGGCAGGGACGCACUCUCGAAGAAGAAGGAUGACGGAUCCCCACGUGUAAAGCCCAAACCCUCCACAGAGCUCAGUACCGCUCACACUGGAGGUUCCCAUGGGGGGGCAGGCGAGGACUGUGACAUGGAGGACGUGUCCAAGCCUAUUUUGGCCUGGGAGAUUGACACAGCAGACUUCAACACUGCAUACACAAGGAAAAUAAGAGCAAGCAAUGGUAAGAAAUGCGGUGCUAAGAAGAUGAAGUCAUCCGACAGACCCAGCAGGAACCUGCAAGAUGUCCCUCCUCACGCCUCACUGGAGGAGAUCAAACAGAGGAAAGUGCUCGACCUCAGAAGAUGGUACUGCAUCAGUCGGCCACAGUAUAAGACGUCUUGUGGGAUCUCCUCGCUGGUUUCCUGCUGGAACUUCCUGUACAGCACACUUGGCGCAGGAAAUCUGCCACCCAUCUCUCAGGAGGAAGCUCUGCAUAUUCUGGGGUUUCAGCCGCCGUUUGAAGAAAUCAAGUUUGGUCCCUUCACCGGCAACGCUACACUGAUGCGGUGGUUCAGACAAAUCAACGACAACUUCCGAGUGCGAGGUUGCUCCUAUAUUCUGUACAAACCACACGGAAAGCACAAGACAGCAGGAGAAACAGCUGAAGGAGCGCUGAUGAAACUGACACAAGGCCUGAAGGACGAGUCCAUGGCCUACAUUUACCACUGUCAGAACCACUACUUUUGCCCAGUGGGGUUCGAAGCCACGCCGCUCAAAGCAGCAAAGGCAUACAGGGGCGCUCUUCCCACUAACGAAAUGGAAUACUGGAUCUUAAUCGGGGAACCCAGCAGAAAACAUCCAGCUAUUCACUGUAAAAAGUGGCUGGAUAUCGUGACUGACCUCAACACCCAAAAUCCAGAAUACCUGGACAUUCGCCACACAGAGAGGGGGAUUCAGCGUCGCAAAACCAAAAAGGUAGGUGGAAACCUGCACUGCAUCAUGGCCUUCCAGAGGGUCAACUGGCAGAAGCUUGGCCCCUGGGCGCUGAAUUUGGAAAACCUGCGGCACGACUUUCACCAAUCUGCCACGGAAAGGGCCCACGCGAGCGACGACAGCGAAGAGAGGACGUCAGCCAAGCGGAUGGCCCAGCUGGGCCGCUCACACAGCAUGGGAAGCCAGAAAGACACCAGCUGGAAACGCCUGUCCAACAGCACGGAGUACAGACAGCGCAGCUCGCCCGACAGCGACCUCGAAGAAGACAUCACAGACUGAAAGGUUCUUAGGGAUGAGCAGGAUGAGGACUGAGUAUCUAAACGGUAGUGAAGUUAUGAAGUUAAAGGAUAGGUCUGGGGUUUUCUGCAGUUUACUGUUAAUAAACGGCAUGAAAACACCAACAUGCACUGUUAGUGAAGCGUUAGGACUCUUUAAAUCUCCAAAAACAGCUCAGAUACGUAGUUUCAUUUUUUUUAAAUCAUCUCCUAAAACGGCUCGAUGCAUCCAUUUCUUCUGCUUAUCCAAAGUCGAGUCACUCUAGGCUCAGCAGGUUAUGCCAGAUAUCCUUUUUGUCACCGACGCGACAUUGAACCAGUUACAGUCAUUUCCUCUGGAAAAAGACGGAUGUUGGGGCCAAAAUGCCCAACCUUUAAAAAUUCAGCAAUAAUUCUCAAAUACAUGUUUCCCAUGUAAAUCAUCCCAACUUUCUCUUUGUAACACUACGGCAUGUUUGGUUCUUCAGCCUGUGGAAAUGUGGAUUGAGAGCAGCAGAAUUUCUUCAGUAGCUCUGUGUUGUUGUGUCGAGACGCAGCAGAAGAACUGAAAUGAAUAAACUCAUUUGUAGCCGCUUGUUGUGAAAAGCUCAAAUAUUUGACCAAUCAGAAAAUGUGCAACACUUCUGCAGAAUAUCCGAGCAGAACAUUUUCUUCGAAUAGAAACACGGAGGAUGCUUUGGUUUGCUGUAAUCGUUCCCGCUUUUCAUACUGGGUCCAAAGAGAUUUGGCUGCAGAUCAUAAAUGAAUAAAUCCAUAAAUAAUAAAUAAAAGCUAAUAGGAGCUUUGAGUAGUCGGACCCACUCAAAGCAAACCUCACUGCGUUGCCGCUCAUCACAAACACGUUUCUGCAGGUUUAAUCUGAGCUGCUCCGACACAUCCACUGUACAUUCUUUCAGACGCAGCUCAUCGUACAGGUACAGGAGGUGGGCUCGUUUCUCACCUGGCGUUCAGCGGCUCGUCCAGUCAAAGUAUCGUGACAGCUGCUGGCGUUGUUUUGUUUCGUGAAAUCUCCAGGGGGACGGUAGACGAUCCCGGUGUUUAAACACAUGAGCUGUAGAAACGUAGGACACUCAGAGUGACACUCAUGGUUUAUUUCAGGCACGAGCAGCUCCUUUACAUGUUUCUUUGCACCUUUUGUGGGUCCGUUUGUCUCUGACCCACACGCACAGUCAUUGUGUACCUAAGUGGGUUUGAUGUAGUGGUUUAUUUAUUGAUUUGUUUUACAAUAAAAUGGGAUUUUUAAGAAUUCCUGCAGCAUUCGUAUUUUUGUUCAACAUUUAUUGUGACUCUUCCAGUGUUGCUUUUAUUCACACAGCUCUGAGUCUCAUUUCAUGUCAAAUAAAGCAUGUAGAACCCUUUUUACCAUGAAAGUCUUAGUCACAAAAUGUUUUUAUUUACCUUUCCUGCUGGAUUGAGCAAAUAUGACAAAUUCAUCAAUCCAUUCUCUUCAUUCAUCCAUGUAUCCUAGUCAGGGAUGCAGGGAGGAUGUAGCGUAUCCUAGCUACCAUAGGGCGAGAGGCGGGGUACACCCUGGACAGGUCACCAGCCAGACGCAGGGCUAACACAGAGAGACAGACAACCACUUGCACUCAGAUUCACACCUAUGGGCAAUUUAGAUUCUCCAAUUAACCUAACCCCACUAACUGCAUGUCUUUGGGCUGUGGGACUGUGGGAGGAAGGCUGAGUACCCGGAGAGAACACACGCAAACACAUAGAAAUUUGUGAAUCAAAUUUGUACCCACCUGCAUGUUUGUAACUAGGAA